GUUCCAUAUGUGAUCGACUGUUCUCUUUGUUCUUCUCUCUCUGCGGCCUAAGCGUCGUCGCGGUGUGAGGUGCUUGAGGAGGCUGGAAGUGUUAGGCUUAAAGUUGUGAUUUGUCGUUAAAGAAAGAUUCUAUCAUGCACAGGCGUUCAGUUGGAAGGCAGGGUGGUCAUGGCUCUCCUGGUUUGAUUGGAACACAUCCUGCUGGUUCUAGGUCAAAGGGUUAUGACAGCCGAUUGCCAAAACAGCCUAAGCCACCAGAAAAACCUCUGAUGCCUUACAUGCGCUACAGUCGUAGUGUGUGGGAUAAGGUAAAACAAGAACAUCCAGAGAUGAAGCUAUGGGAGAUUGGCAAGGUGAUUGGACACAUGUGGAGAGAGCUGUCUGAUGAUGCCAAACAAGUUUACAUCGAUGAAUAUGAAGGGGAGAAGGCUGAUUAUAACCUAGCAAUUAAGGCUUACCACAACUCAUCUGCAUAUCAAGCCUGGGUAGUAGCAAAAACAAAAGCCCAACAGCAAUCUGAUGAUCCUGUACAGCAAAGGCCAGAGGCAAGGAUGAGUAUUCAGCCAGCUGAAGAUGAUGAGGAUCAAGAUGAUGGAUUUUCAGUAAAACAUGUGGCAACAGCCCGUUUUCAAAGAAAUCAUCGUCUCAUUGGCGAAAUAUUCAGCGAAAUCGCCGUACCCGACCCUCGCUCUGUGAUAACAGAAAAUCGAAUGGAUAUUCUGAAAAAACAAGUCAAAUCGCUAAUCCUCCACCAGAAAAAACUUGAAGGGGAACUCCAGCAAAUAGAAGAUAAAUUCCAAGAAAAGAAGCGCAAGUUCAAAGAGAAUAGCAAUGAAUGGCAUGAGACUAUAAAAAAGUUGUGUGCGGAGAAAGUUGAGAUAAAAUGGGAUGAGAUUUAUGCUGAGAUGCCACCUAUCUUUCCUGUACAAGCUCCACGAACAAUGGCGGCACAGGCAAACGCCACACUCGCCUCAGAUCCGUCCAAAUCGCAGCCAGGUUCAUCUAUCACUGAUGAGAAAGAGGACACCAAGACUGGAGAGGCUGACAGUGUUAAGAUGGAAGGCUUAAGAACAGAAGAGGAAACUGGCGAAUUGGAACGUGAUCCCCCCUCGGAGACCACCAUAGACAGUAGUACUCCAGAUGAAGCUGCUAAAGCUUCGCUGGAACCAGAGAUGGAAGCAGAGAAGAAAGAAGACUCAGAACCUAUGGAAGUGGAGGAAGAGAACAAAGCUUCUGAAGAAGAAGUUUCACCUCCAGCAUUGAGUUCCUCUGAAGCCACCGACUCUAAAGAUGUAGAGAUGAAUAUUGAAAAUGAUGACAAGCCACCAGUAUUGAGCCCAUCAUUGCCAGUCAAAGAUGAAUCAGACGACAAAGUCCCCAUUGAUGAAAAAGCAGACGACAGUGACCAAACCACUUUAAUGGAAAGUGGAGAAGAAAAGAAAACUGAAAAUGAAGACUCUGGAAGCAGUAAUAAAGAAUCACUAAAGGAAGAUGAGAGUAAAUUGAGCAAUGAAAGUAAACUAGAUGAAAAAGUUGAACAGGACACUGUAACUGAAGAUAACAAACAACCAACAGAUAAACCCACUGUUGAAGGAAAAGAAGACCAAUGAUAGAUAUUUAAUAUGUUGCAUUGAUUUAUCAUCUUGUCCAGUUCACAAUAGGUAAAAUGCUACAUCGGACACAUUCUAGGAACAAUUUAACAAUCGCACAACCGGAGGCGCGGCGGCCGUAUGCACCCCCCUCCCCGCUAAAUUGAAGGCGGGAAGUGAUAAUGAUUCUAGAUAUUGAUGUGACCCCGCCAGUAUUCUAUUUGACAUCCCCAUCCUCCAGCCAAAUUGGUACAUUUUUGCAUACCCUGUACCUCAGUGGUAAUCCUGGAUACCGUUUUGAAUCUUCCCCAGCUCCGUUGCGUCUGAGUGCAGGUGCAUCUGUGUAAGUUUAGCAUUCUUUCUGUGCAAGUAUUUUGCAAGAAAACAGACAUCCCAGAGGCCUGUGACAGUUUUGAAAGGUUUAUCUAUAUGCUUGGUACAGCUUAUUCUUACUGUGGAUUUGCUCAUUUCUUGUCUGCAUAUCAAAUUCAUGAUGAAGACAGUGCUGGACUGUAAUAUCUGACUGUAUAACAUAUUUUGCCCUUAAAAUGUUUCAAAGUACCUUUUUUCAAUUAGUCUGUGUAUGAACGUUUUUUCCUUUUUUCAAGCUUCUUUUAACCUAAUAGCCAUCUACCAUGAGUAACACAAUCAUUCGCCUCACCGUCACCAACUAUAUCCGCCUCACACGAGUGUGAUGCAAGUAUGCAUAAAAACAGAUUGUAUAAAAAAUGAUACUUAACAUUAUUAGCUGUCAUUUGAAAAUGUUACAUCGUCAAAUAAUUUACAGUAUACAUAAAUAAAACCAUUUCUGGAUUUUUUACAUGUACACUUGGAUUGACUAAUAAUCAGUUGAAGAAUUUUUGUAGUAAAAUGUCUGUAAUUGCAAUUAAA